ACCACGAGAUCAACCGUCACACGGCUAAAGACACUGCCAGCCAUGUCCUGCCUCUGAAACAAAAAUACAAUUUUUAGCAUUUUAAACGGGCACAUCAAGACUAGAUCUGCUAUUUUUUCGCUGUAUAUAUCAAUAUUUUCCUUUUUUAUAUCUAUACACAAUUAAUAAUACGUGCUAAAUUUAAAUAAAAACAAAAAUCAAAAAAUAAUCGAGGAGGAGAGAGAAGAUGUCUUCCCCUGCGCAGGAGAGGAGCUCUGGUGUUCAGCUGCUGAGCGCGGUGCUGCUGCUGCUCUCGCUCUCUGGUUGUUUGAGCAUGGAUGUGCUUGUGCACAACAACAUCGAUGCGCUGAACGGCUCAACGAUCAGAAUCUCCUGCACGUUCACGUCUUGCUACAAAAUGGAUGUGACCAAGUUUUCCAUGAACUGGACAUUCCAAGAAACACUCAACGACACAGAGGACAGGUUUAUGACUUUCGAUGUAAAAAAAGGAAUGGUACCUUUACGUCCUGAGCGGUUUGGAGAGAGGGUCACGUUCGCUGGAAACCUGGACAAAAACGAUUUGUCCAUCACCCUGUCAGAUGUUAAGGUGGACGAUGUGGGGAUUUACAAGUGCCAUGUGAAGAAUCCCCCAGACCGCAUCCAGGGGCGUGGUAUCAUACAGCUUAAUGUCGUCACCGAACUUCCCCCGCCAAGGGAUUCAACCAUUGCAGUCGCUAUAGGGGCAUCAGUGGGUGGAGCGUUAGCUCUACUGAUCCUUUCCAUGGUAGUAGUGAAAUGCCUUCGUCGACACCGGAAACAGGAACUGAUUUCGGAUGAGAAGAUGGAGGAGGAGGGGAAACUGGAUUGUGAGGGUGUUGCAGAGGAGGGAACCAAGCAACCAUAGCUGGAUCACCUGAUAGAACCAGCAGAAUGUGGAGCUCUCACCCCAAACACCCCCGGGGACCCGCACCCUGUUCCUGAAGAUCUAACGUAAACACUGUUUAAUCAUUGUCCACCAAUGCUUCCAUUCCUUGUGUGUGUGUGUGUGUGAAAGACAGAAAUAGAUGUGUGUGUAUGUUUUUCCUUAAUAAUCCAGGGACGCUUUUCCUCAAACUAACCACUUAUCAUAUAUUACUUUAAACAUAUAGUUCCAGGUCAGCAUAAAUAGCAUUACCAGUGUAAUGACACUUUCAUGGUAUAUAAUAAGACAGGCUAGGGCUGGACGGUAUGACCUAACAGUUACCCCAUAGUAUAUAUUGAGUAUAGAAUGGUCACAGCAUCGCACCAUCUAGUUUUUGCUCUGGUUAUUUUGCUGGAUGUGGUUUCAAAUUCAGUCUUGGAGCUUUGGGACAAAGGCUAUUUAUUGCCAGAAGUCAAUUAUCAAUUACCCAUUAAUAAACCUAACAGUGAGCUUCAUUUGUGAUGGAAGUUAAAAGCCUUUCUCACUGCAGAGAAGAGAGUGUGUGUGUAGUGUGUUUGGAGGAAAUGUGUGCCAUUAGCUCCACUGUCUCGCAACAGCUGCAGUCCAACCGUUGUUUUGUGCAAAGCAUUUUCAUUUUCAUUUAUUUUUUUUACAUACUGUGAAUUCAUUGUCACAUCUCUCAACUGUGAUUAUGGGUACCGUGUCCAUAAUGUGUGUGUUAUGUCCUGACACAGCUGAAUAUUUGGCAAACGAUGUCUCCAUGUCUCCACGGUGUCAGCUUGUGUCCGAGCCAGCGAUCUUUUCUGAAACAUUCCUUAAAUACGUGGAAGUUUUCCACGCAAACACUGCCCUGCACUGUGACUUGUCAUAACAGAAAAAACACAGGUAGGCCUACAGCUCAUACAAACUCAUAGUGCAGUCAUGACACUAGCUGUGUCCAGAACCACUGUGUAUUUACCACACAGUGCGCAAUAGUAUUUAACCCCUCAGCAUUUGCCUUAUCUUAAAUUUAAGUGAGUAAAUAUAUUCAGGGUUACAGAUUUGGGCGUUCCGCCGUCUCGCUGAGCUGCUAUUUCUGUGGUGGCAGGACACAGGGACUCAGUAUCUGCUGUUGCCUGCCCCUCACUCAUUAAUAAUAAAGGAACAUUAUGAGUUGUGAUUUUAACAUUAGUCAACUUCUAAAUAAUAGUUUGACUACUGUUAGCUCGGUAAUAGAGAACACAGGGUUCAAUACAGCCACGUUUCAAGCCACGUAACAAGCUACUUGUUAUGCUAACAAGUUAUGCUAACAAGUAGCUUGUACUGAAUGGAUGGAGUUGAUUAUAUUUUGACAUUAUUUUACGUACUAUAUGUCGCAAUACUCCACCGUGUUUUACAAUUAUUAAAUGGUGACAUAAAACAUAAAUUGUACACUGACACACUUUAUGUGAAUAUAAUACUUUUUUAAGUUGAAUUUCAUCAGCCUAAGCUUCAAUACUGUUAGAGCAGGUGAAAAGAGAAGCAGGUAACUUCCCCUAACGACAGGUGCUAAACACGAACGAGGUUUUAACGUGGAAAACCAUACACUCUUAAUGAAGCUUGCAUCCAAACUGCAGGGAGACACUACCACAGUAAUGGCAGCUUCGCUUACUUCCGGUUCUUUGUAGGCUUCAUCUUAAUAGCGUUCCCACACAGCCUUGCAGAAUUAGCCCAAAUAGUGGUUAAAUAGUUUUAUUCCAUUCUUGAACAAGUGACUAAAAUGAAUUUCUGAAUGUCCGGGUGACUGAGCCAACAUGGACAAUACCGGGAACCUGAUCUUGAGCAGCUAAAUGGAAUUUAGCCAUUAUUUUAUUCUGCUGUUUACACCUGUGCUUUUUCUCCUGUGACAUGUUCACAUUUCCUGCUGUAAAAAGGGCAGGUGGAGCAACAGGUUUUACAAUAAUGUCUUUGUUUGUUUUGUUUUGGUUUAAUUUUGGUUUACAUUCAAAAGUGUCUUCAUUAGUGUUAGUGUUUUUACAAAGAAGUGGAACAUUUUCUCUCAGUGACACAAAUGAGCAACUGCAGUUCUACACUAAUAUUUAAAUAGAGUACCUAAAUAUUUAUAUGUGUACAGUAUAUUACAGGUUAUACCAUCCAUCCCUAUAUAUAAGGGUAUGCUAUGUUACUGCGCCCAAAAACCAAGGUUGCUGUGACAGACACAGAAGUCAGUUCAAUUUCUUAGAUCGUGUGAUACCAAGAAUAGUCGCAACCGCAAUAUGUCAUGCGAGCCUUUGCACACACUGCAUAGGAUUAACAGUGGCAGUGUGUGACUUUUUCUGUUUCAUACAAAAUAAAGCAAGUGCUAUACGGUUCGACAUGAAGUGCAUUGUUGACCAAAUUAAGUCAAAAACAUAUCAAGACAAUUUCGAGCGAAAACUCACUUUGCGUCCACAGUCACACACACAAGUCAUGUUUUAAUGCGUCUUUGAGCCUUUGUCAUGGAGACCCACACACAGACAACACAGUUAUAUAGAAACCAUGACCUACAUCACACAGCAAUAUGGGAAACAAUACCAAAUGAAUCAUCUACUCAUGUUGUAAUCAAAUUUGAUGGGUAGAAGUUGUGAUCUUGGCAAAUGAAGCAUGUACAAUAAACUAUACUUCCAUGGAUGCACGUCAAACAAUGCAUAUCAAAAAGAAACAUGUGCAGUCGUACGAGACAAUAAAAUACUUAAUUCUGUUCAGUAAAGUCAGUCCGAGCAUGUUUAAACCCCUGACUCCUGACUUUCAUUUUGAUUUAAUUCCGAAAAAUGCACGUGCAGUAUAUCUUUUGCAGAAUGUCCAAGGUAUUUGGUUGAUGAAUAUAUAAAUACAGACCAUAACUGUUUAACAGGUCACUUGACAUUCUUCAAACUUGACAAGUGACUUGCUAAGGGCACCAGAGAGUGCAGAGCUGACUUUGACAAUGUUUGGAGAAGAAAUGCAAGAUACAGGAGAUCAGUAGAAAUGCUAAAGGAGCCAAUGUUCAUGAAACAGGCAAAUAUUGAACGGGUACUGAAUUUAAAAAAAAAAAAAAAAACAGUACAAUCUAUCAAACUAUUUGACUCUAAUUCCAACUGACUCUUGAGCCAUUUUAAUACAGCUUUUAAAACAUUUUACUCUCAGACAAGAAAAACAAUAGUGUCUAUUGUAAAGCAGACCAACAUAUGAAUAUUUAAACUAUUGUUGUCUCCAAAGUAAUGCCUUUACCUCAACAGUGGUGUUUAACUAACUGUAUUUUGAUAUUGUUUUGCACAUUAACAACACAUUGACACAUGUUCUUGUAUCACCACAAUGGAGAGUAUAAUGGACAUAAAUGGAAAAGAAGAUAAUCUUAGGGAGACGGUCUGCUGUAACAGAAAUGUGGCAUGGGAAUUGUAUGUUUGGACUGGAAAUAUAUUGGUUGUGCAUUGUUUAUUUAGUUAUGGCACUUUGAAUGUGAAAAAAAAAUAUAUAGAUAUAUUCUCUUAAAAAUAGAUGACUAUUUAAUGUCAAUAUUACACAUUGCAGCAUGUGCACUUUGUUAAUUUAUCUCUGAAUGUCUUACUAUGUUUUAGCUAUAACAGCCAACUGUGUCACAAAUGAUGAUGAUGAUGAUGAUGAUGAUGAUGAUGUAGUAUCCGUGCUACCUGUGAUGUCUCAAACUGGUUGCCUGUGUCACCCAGCUACUAGUUAGCGUUGGCUGGGACAAUCCUCUAGUAUUUGACAUUGUUAAAAAUAAACUGUGCAUAGGUCUGUGUUUAGGUCUUUGUUUAGUGGUCUUAUUAUGGCUUUUACUGUGUAUGAUUUUAUGAUCUGUUUUCCCGGAUUGACAAGUACUUUGUGAUUUCCCGAUUUAUCAGAAGCAUAUCUUACACAUGAGAACAUAUUCAUUUAAUCAAUUUAACAUUUUGAAAUAGUUGAGAUAUUCCAGGAUAUCUUUCCAGGACACUGCUGUCUGUGUGUGUUCAUGCAUGUUUAAAUUGCAGGGUUUGCGUCAUAUACCCAUAAGGCGAUGACAUGUUAACAUAAUGGGCAUAUUUGGUAAUAUAACGUCAUAAUUAUGAAUAUUAAGAGUAGCUGCUUUAUUUCUCAACCAGAAACAGUUCAGUCAACAACGAACAAGAAUACCAAUACGAAACAGAUGUGCUGUACAGUAUCUUUGUCAUUGCUACCCAUUGUUGGUUCUGAGUUAGCCCUGCAUAUUGUUAUUAUAUCACUUCAAAAUGUUAGUGGACACCAAACUAAUGCUUGCACUGUGCCUCUUGAAAGCACCUGCCAUUAUAUUAUGUAUUUAAAAUAAAGAUGGAUUAGAAAAAUGUGA